CUGAACGUAUCCGCCACCAAGCCUGAACGCAAGCCGAAAGCGGUAGCCGCGAAGACGUUCGAUAUUUAAAUCAAACCAUAGAUAAACGGUGAAUGUUUUGUUUUAAGAACUGUUGCCUACCAGUGACAUUCGUAUUAGUGAAAUAAGUGACAAAUGACAAUCUGUACCAAAGAAUAAAUUCAUCUGUGAUAAUAAAAACAUUAAACAAUGAGUGAUAGUUGUACGUGUUGUGGUGAACGUGCAUUAAGAAAAGCACCUGUUUCCUACGUAAACAGUUUUCCCAAAAAGCUUUUGGUAGCUGUAUCCGUAGUCAUACUAAUAGCCAUGUGUCUGACGCCAGUCGACGCUCGCUCGAUGGUGCACAGGAGGCGACACCAAAGACGACCAGACAGCAUGGCCGAAAUCACCAAAGACGACACGAUGAAACGACCAAAAAACUCAAGCACUGAACAGUAUAGGAAUGCUACAAGGAAAAUUAAACAUAAGCUACGCAACACAAAAAGAUUCUUCGACCAGGAUCGAAGGCGUUUAAACGAAACGAGAGAAUACAGGGACGGAAUGCCUGCUUGGUUGCCGGCGGUUAACUUCGUCGACAUCCACUUCCACGAUUAUAGAACCUCACGGAAAGCUGGAAAAUCAAUCUCAGAACGAAAGUUCACAUACCUGAUGCCGAAGCUACACAAAACCUUGAAAGAAUACCAAGUUAUCUUCAAGCGUCUGCAGAACGUUCAGCUAGAAUCAGCGGACGAUUCGUUCACCAACUACAUCAUCGUCCGUCAAAACUUACUGUCGAACACCCUUGCCAAAUUGUACAGCACCAUCGCCGAAAUACAGGAAAACAUGGUCGCAGUUAAGAUGCAAAUCCCUGCAUUUGACGAGAGUCGCAUGAAACUCGAAUCUUUGAAGACAAAAGUUGACGCAACGCAGUGCCUAAAAAAUGACUACAUAGCUUUCAGAGGUUACGGCAACCUAUUAAACAAUUGGUACUCAGAAUUCAGGUGUCCAGUCAAUAAGAAGGCCGAUAAGAAAUGCGCAGCCUUCCAUGCGAAAAUGAAAGAAAAGCUAGGCAACAAACGGUUUAAAAACAAUCGAAAUAACGUACCUUUAGCGAGUUGAGUUUUGUCCUAAAAAUUAUUUAUUAAUUGAAUUUCCAUUUCCGUUUGUCGCUUGUCCGAAGGGUCGGAAAAAAGUUUUUUUAAACGAAAUAAUUUUUGUUUAAAAUAGGCUUAAGACGUGUUUUUAUUAAAAAAAACAUGUUUAAAACAAUGCCAACCCUACUUGUCCGUACUUAUUUAUUGUUAGACUAAGGCCCAAUUUCACCAAGCAUUUAACGCUCGUUUAGUUACAUAUAUACGCGAUUUUCAAAAAAAAAGAGAUACAAAGAAUGUUUAACUAAACCAUAGUUAAUUGCAUGGUAAAAUUAGGCAUAAGUAUAAGCUCUCUACUACCUGAGACGUUGGAUAUUAUGAAAUGGUUGACGAUACCUUACGUUGAUUAAGUAAUGGGUACUUUCUCUGUGAUAUUUAGUAUUUUUAGUUGGUAAAUAUUAAUUUAUUGAAAGUAUUUAAUAAGUUCCUCUGCACAUCCAUUUGUACUUAAGUUCUUCAAAAAUUUGACUUUCUUUGUGUAAAUAUUUUUUCGAAUCUGUCUCAUUAUUUAUUUUAAUAUUUAUUUGGACGACUUUUGAUCUGUUUUCGAUUGACUUUUAAUUUUCUUAAGCUCAAUAAGUAUUACUAGUGGGCAAAUUGUUGCCGUUUUAGGAAAGAAAGACUUCUAGCCUAUUAAAUUAAGGUGCUUAUUUAUAUAAAUUUAGGUUUAAGAAAAUGUGCCGUUAAUUUGUAAUGAAUGAACUGAUACCAUGUGAAUAUCACUGACAUUGUGUACAUAGCUUUAUACUAUUUGUAAUUUUGUUACUGCAAAUGAAAAUAAUACAGACAUAAGAAAUAAAAUAUAAUUUUUCAAU